AGACUCUCUCUCUCUGGCCAGGCAACAACAAGAGGCAACAGCAAGCAACAACAACAACAACAGCGGGAGGGUGGCAAGCAACAUUGAACAGGCGGCUGCAAAAUGCGCCACGGCUUAGAGUUGAGCUGCCUUUGGCCAAGCUUUUUAUUAUGGCUAACAUGGAGCCAAAGCAGCAGCAGCAGCAGCCACAGCAGCAGCAGCAACAGCAGAGGAGGAGGAGGAAUGGGCGGUGGAGGUGGAAUUGGAGGAGCCAGCGCACAGCCAUCAUUAACCGAGAAAAUCCCAUUAGGUGCCAUCUUUGAGCAGGGCACGGAUGAGGUGCAGUCGGCCUUCAAGUAUGCGAUGCUCAAUCACAAUCUGAAUGUCUCCUCCCGAAGGUUUGAGCUGCAGGCCUAUGUGGAUGUGAUUAAUACAGCGGAUGCCUUCAAGCUAUCCCGCUUAAUUUGCAAUCAAUUCUCGAGGGGAGUCUACUCCAUGCUGGGCGCCGUUUCCCCCGACUCCUUUGAUACCCUGCACUCCUAUUCGAAUACCUUUCAGAUGCCCUUCGUGACGCCCUGGUUUCCCGAGAAGGUGCUUACGCCAUCGUCUGGAUUUCUCGACUUUGCCCUCAGCAUGCGACCGGAUUAUCAUCAGGCAAUCAUUGAUACCAUACAAUUUUAUGGCUGGCGCAAGAUAAUUUAUCUAUACGAUUCACACGAUGGUCUAUUGCGCCUGCAGCAAAUCUAUCAGGGGCUGAAACCCGGCAACGAGUCCUUUCAAGUCGAGCUGGUCAAGCGCAUCUCCAAUGUCAGCAUGGCCAUCGAGUUCCUGCACACGCUGGAGCAAAUCGGACGCUUCACCAGCAAGCACAUCGUCCUCGACUGUCCCACGGAAAUGGCCAAACAAAUACUCAUCCAGCAUGUGCGCGAUUUGCGACUGGGACGUCGCACCUAUCACUAUUUGCUGAGUGGUUUGGUCAUGGACGAUCGCUGGGAGAGCGAGAUAAUCGAAUUUGGGGCCAUUAACAUUACAGGCUUUCGCAUUGUGGACACCAAUCGGCGGUUGGUGCGCGAAUUCUACGACAGUUGGAAGCGACUGGACCCACAGAUGAGUGUUGGGGCUGGCCGUGAAUCGAUUUCGGCCCAGGCAGCUCUCAUGUACGAUGCUGUGUUCGUUCUGGUCGAGGCGUUCAAUAAAAUCCUGCGCAAGAAACCGGAUCAAUUCAGGAACAAUGUGCAGCAACGUCGCAGCCAGAAUCUAAUGGUGGCCCAGGCGGCUGCUUCGACAUCCAGCGAUGGUCACGGCAACUACAACAGCAACAACAACAAUAAUGCCAAUGCCAGUGCCCACAGCGGUGGCGGUGCUGGUGGUGGCAUCGAUUCUGGAUCCAAUGGCGCCUCCUCGUCGUCGCGAGCAUUGGACUGUAAUACGGCCAAGGGCUGGGUGAAUGCCUGGGAACAUGGCGAUAAAAUAUCGCGUUAUUUGAGAAAGGUGGAAAUCGAGGGCCUUACGGGUGACAUCAAAUUCAAUGAUGACGGCAGACGCAUCAAUUACACGCUGCAUGUUGUUGAGAUGACUGUAAACAGUGCCAUGGUAAAAGUCGCCGAGUGGAAUGACGACGCCGGCCUGCAGCCGCUGAAUGCCAAGUAUGUGCGCUUGCGUCCGCAUGUGGAGUUUGAGAAGAAUCGCACAUACAUAGUGACCACUGUGCUGGAGGAGCCGUACAUAAUGCUGAAGCAGGCGGCCUUUGGCGAGAAGUUGCACGGCAAUGAGCGCUUCGAGGGCUAUUGCAAGGAUCUCGCGGAGUUGCUCUCCAAGGAAUUGGGCAUUAAUUAUGAACUCCGUUUGGUCAAGGAUGGCAAUUACGGUUCCGAGAAGUCAAAGACCCACGGCGGAUGGGAUGGCAUGGUGGGGGAGUUGGUGCGAAAGGAAGCGGAUAUUGCGAUUGCCGCCAUGACGAUUACCGCCGAACGCGAACGUGUCAUCGACUUUAGCAAGCCGUUCAUGUCGCUGGGCAUUUCCAUCAUGAUUAAGAAGCCAGUGAAGCAAACGCCCGGAGUGUUCAGCUUCAUGAAUCCUUUAUCACAGGAAAUUUGGGUGAGCGUCAUCUUCAGCUACAUUGGAGUGAGCAUCGUGCUGUUCUUUGUGUCACGCUUCUCGCCACAUGAAUGGCGUCUCGUGCAACAGCAGCCGCAACAAUCACAGUCGCCAGAUCCGCAUGCACAUCACGAACAACUUGCCAAUCAGCAGCCGCCCGGCAUCAUUGGAGGUGCAACCGGACCGAUGCCAGUGCCAGCAAUGCCACCCGGACCGCCCACACCCGGUGCCCAGUCGGCAGCCGGUGCCGCUGCCCUGCAGGCAGCACUCUCCGCAUCCGCAGCAGCAUCCGUUUCGGCAACCAGUGGCUCAUCCUCCUCGUCGGCAGUGAAUGAGUUCAGCAUUUGGAACAGCUUCUGGUUCUCAUUGGCCGCCUUCAUGCAGCAGGGCUGUGAUCUGUCGCCCCGUUCCGUUUCGGGUCGCAUUGCGGCCGCCUCCUGGUUCUUCUUCACUCUGAUACUCAUCUCCUCGUACACGGCCAAUCUGGCUGCAUUCCUCACCGUCGAGCGCAUGGUGACGCCGAUCAAUUCGGCCGAGGACCUGGCCAUGCAAACCGAGGUGCAAUAUGGCACUCUGUUGCAUGGCUCCACCUGGGAUUUCUUUAGGCGCUCCCAAAUCGCACUGCACAACAAAAUGUGGGAAUAUAUGAACUCCCGGCCGAAUGUCUUUGUGCAUACGUACGAUGAGGGCAUUAGACGCGUGCGCACCUCCAAGGGCAAGUACGCUCUGCUGGUGGAGUCACCGAAAAACGAAUAUGUGAACGCCAGGGAGCCAUGCGACACAAUGAAAGUGGGCCGCAAUCUGGAUACAAAAGGAUUUGGCAUUGCCACGCCGCUCGGCUCGGCCCUCAAGGAUCCCAUCAAUCUGGCUGUCCUCACGCUCAAGGAGAACGGCGAACUGAUCAAGUUGCGCAACAAAUGGUGGUACGACAAAACGGAAUGCAAGACGGACGGCCAGGAGGCAUCGCACAAUGAACUCUCGCUGAGCAAUGUGGCCGGAAUAUUCUACAUAUUGAUUGGCGGCCUGCUCGUCUCCGUGCUGGUGGCCAUACUCGAGUUCUGUUUCCGUCGCAAGGAUGGACGGAGCGCGGGCGGUGGCUCCAAUGGGCAUGGUCCUAUGGGUGCCAUGGGCGGUGCCAUGGGCGGCGGCAGCCUGGGCAAGGCCAAUGGCUCAAUGAUGCUGCAUGGACAGAAUAGUGGGGGAGUGCCGGGCGUCAUGCCACCGUCCACACAUCAAAGGAGCUCCCUGACGGACACAAUGCAUUCGAAGGCGAAAUUGACUAUCCAAGCGAGCCGCGACUAUGACAAUGGACGCGUUGGGUAUCUCAAUUGCGCCUCGUUGCAGUAUUAUCCACCCGCUCAGCUGUCAUCGAACCCUGGUGCCGAUGGCGUUGAGUCCCUGCACAUGAAUGCCCACGGUCAGGUCUGACACGAACACGCGCAGGAAUCGCGCCUCUGACGCACACCCUGCGCGCCCACAAUACGCCGCAUUAUGGCCAACAGUCGCCAGGAUACGGAGAAGAUGAUGGGGGGAGCGGGAGUGGGAGUGGUGGCGGCACCUCCAGCAAUCAGCUGCAAUAGCAGCCACGAAGGUAGCCUAUCGCCGGGCAGCGGUAGCGCCACUUUAAUGCGCCACUCACCGGACAUUAACCAGCACCAACAGCAGCAGCAGCAGCAGCAGCAGCAGCAUCCCUAUGGCAAGUAAGGAUCCCCACUACGCCUGUACCUAUUAAGUGACAUGCAGGGGGGGUUGUUGGGGUAUGCAGGGGUUCAAUGUCCGUUACGGAUAUUAAUCUUUGCACAAGUGCGAAAACGCAUUACACAAUAAAUUUCACUAACACUUUAUUUAUGUAUGCGUGUGCUGUGCGGUGUGUGUGCGGUGUGUGCCUGUGCGUGUGUGUGUGUGCAAUCAUUUGGCAAAUUCUUUUAGCCUGUCAGCAAAAGGCAAUGUUGGGCAUAUAAAUUAUUGCAUUACCGUUAACACUGCCAAGAGACGUGCAAACAAGAACAAAAACCAUAAAUAUAUUCACAAAUUUGUACGCUCUCAGCUGUGUGCGGGAUGUGACACAUACUCACACAUAAAUAAACACACAUACAUACAUAUAGAUAUAUAGGACAUACAUACAUACAUAUAUAAUGCAAUGCAAUUCAUUGCAUUCAAAUGACUGAUUAAUAUUUUUAAUAAACAAUAACAACAAAUAUGCGCCACACACACACACACACACACACGUAACACUUUCCAUAGCUAACAGGAAAAAAAACAACUCAAAAUGGGGUAAAAAAUUGGUUUAUAAAAUGGGUUAUAAAGUGGCUCAUAACGUUGGGAUUUCCAUCCAAUUUCUUUUUUGUUCCAUACCGGGGAUUUGUUGUCGCAUAUUUGUUUAUAAUUAAAUUACAGAAAACACAGACGCUCACACACACACACACACACACACACACACAACAAAAAAACUAAUGAAAACAAGAAGUGUCGAAGGGGGGCGUGGUGCUGCGGGGGAUCCUACAUAAAUAUUGUAAUAAAUUAAUUAGCGCUAAAUAAAGAAAAUAGUUUAAGCCCAUAGCUCUGAUCCAUGAAUGAACACAAAAAAAAAAAGGGAAAAAAAUAUUUCAGCAAUUGGCCAGGCAGCACAAUUUUUAAUUAAAUUUUAUUUUAAUUGAAAUUGUUUUGAUUUGAUUUGCACACAGAGAAAAGUGAGACCAGUAGUUAUUUUUCACAGAGAUUUGUGGACAGUUUUUAUUUCACAAAUCAAAAAGGAUUCGAGCAUUCCCGUUUGAUUAUUUUCUUGGCAGGAAGGGAAGGAGAGGAGAGCGUUAGUUUGUUUCAAUUUAUUUGAUUCUCUGCUUUGUCUAUUUGUUGAAUUUAAUUGUGUAUAUUAAUUGUCAUUAUUUUUGAUUUAAUUUGAUUAAAACAUUUCACUAACUCCCCUGCCCGCACAGCUACCCCCCUUUGCAACAGGAAUAGGUACUAACUAUUAGGUUUAGUUUUAGGCUAGAGGAUAAUGUUAACAAUUGUAGAAAAGAAAAUCAAACAAACAACAAGAGUCGCAUACUUCCGAGUCGAGCAUCCGAACAGGAGACAACGUAGCCAUAGAGCCAUUUAGCCGUAGAACCACACAAGAGUGUAAGUGUAAAAAACCAAGCCCUAAAUGUAGUUAAAUUUUAUAGAGCAUUUAGCAUACGAUUUGCCUGUAAAUAAAACAUGAAAGAGGAAGACAGAGAUGCUACCAUUCAAAAAAGAAAAAAACAGAAAUGAUCAAGUCAUAUCAAAAGACAUUAAAAAUGGUACUAAGUUUAUCAGAAAAAAAAACUAACAUAAACAAGGAGUAAAAGAAUAACUAAACAAAAAACUAUUGUAAAAUAUUUAUGAACUUAUGAAUUUAUAUUGUUGUUAGCUCAAAUUUACUUAUUGUAUGUGUACUAUGAUUUGUGGUGGAAAACCCAUCUCCAUGCCGUUUUCUUAUGUAUUUCUGGAUAUUUUUCCGGCUAGCAUAGAUGUUUUGUGAGCCCAAAAGCAGAAGAAGAAGUAAAAAUAACAGACGAGACGAAACGUUGCAGGUAAAUUGCAUUUAAACUCAAUUUUAGUUAUUUAAUCAAACAACAAAAUCAAAAACUCAAAUCAAACAAAGCCGCUAAAGUGCAUAAAUAAAUUUAAUAUCCAAAGAACACACACUCAACCCAGAGAUAUAUGUGUAUGUAUUGUAUAUGUGACAGAAUAAAUAACUAUAAAUAUAAAUGGUGAAAACUGUGUCUAAACAAAUAGAUGCUGGUCAUAGAAAUUGAGUACGAAAUCAAAUCAGAUAAUAAAUCCAAUCCCCCAA